CUGACAACAAAGUAGAAUCGUCGGUUCAAUGCUCUUCUAGUUCUGCAUUCAGUUAAAACCAGCUGGUUGUUUGAUUGCCUACACUUUGACGGUAUAUUCGUCCCGUUCAAACUAAAUGUCCAGUCAAAUGCUUUUUGGGAGUCAUUUUAAAAAUCCUUCUACAGGGGCAAUGAUGGCAGCUGUGCAGGAGAAGACCCCAUUUGGAAGGCCAAAGACAGCCCACUGGAGUGGAGUGAAAACUCAAAGCUUGCAGCCACAGAUACCAUGCUGGGCCCUGUCAAACUCACACAGCAAGCGAGACUCUGUGUCCUCAAUGACAAUGGAUCCACAGGGCUGUCGAAAUGAGCAGAACCACUUGCCUUGCGCAGACAGUCAGUGUCCAAAGUGUCCCAACACUUCAACCAAACAUCUCAAAACCAUCUGCAGGUGUUUGCCUUCUCAAAAGGACAUUGGAAGUUUUUCCUGUUUGAAUGAAGAAGGAAUCAGAGGGACUGAAGAGAUAAGGCCCAGCUCUGCCCACCAUGCUGUGGCCAAUGGCACAGGAGGCGAGUUGCCAUGGUACCUGACUGUAAUACACGAAAAGGAGCAGUGUUUGUUAAAGCUCAGCGAGGAGGUCGGUCGCCUGUCAGAGUUUGAGUGGCAGUGCUGCAGGAAAGAUCAUGAGAUAUCAGUGCUCAAGGAGAAGCUGACAGAAGUCACAGAUCAACUGUGUCUUGCUCACAAUGAUGAAGCAGUCAAAGCCCAGGCAGAGCUGAUCCUGAGCUUGAGUAAGGAGAUCCAGCGCCUGCACAGGGUGGAGGAGGAGGAGGCCCUGGAGAAGGGUCAGUUAAUCACAGAGCUGAGGGAGGAGAUCCAGAGGAUGGAACAGCCCAGCUCUCAGUGUGCUACCGGGGUCUCCACAGGGCGGGGCACACAGUCGGCUCACUUUAAGAUGCAACAAGAAGCACCGCAGAACACGUGCCCCGAUUCAGAACCAGAGAAUGUUGGGAACGUGGUGUCACUGGCUGAGCACAAAAGAGAGCAAGACGAAUGUGAGAUGACGAAAAAGGCCCUGAUGCAAGAGUUGGAGGAUACCAAAAAUAACUACAUGAUCUCCACUGGUACGGUCUGUUCUCUGAGGCGAGCCCUGUCAAUCAAAGACAGCGAGCUGGCCGCAGCCAGGGCCCAGGUGGAGGAGCUAAAACAGGAGCUGAGGGACAGGAUGGCACAGCUACAGGCCAUGUCCAGAAAGUUUUCUUGUCUACGGGAGGGAAAGGCCAACGAGGAACUUAUUGCAGCACUGGAGACCGAAAAUUAUGCCCUGCGGCAGCUGACAGCACAGCUGAAGGAGGAGGUGUCGCAGAAGGGCCAGGAGGCGGCCGGGGUCACGGGCGAGCUGCGGCGGCUGCAGACGGACCUGGCGAAGGAGAGGGCUGCUCAGGCUCAGCUGGAGAGGCAGGCCCAGGCCAAUCAGGACAUUAUCACCGCCCUUCACCUGCAGCACAACAGAGCCAAAGUGUCCCUGGAGCAGGUGCAGACCAGGUUUGAAAGGCUGCGGGUGAAGAUCAUUCAGGCUGCCUAUUCUGCUCCUGGUGCUAAACAACCCCAGGCUGAAAUCACUGAUGCUGCCCUUCUUCAGACCAUGCAGAAAAUCAUCGAUGAUCGGACAGCGUUCCACCAAAGACUGCAACAGAAAGGAGAGAAAAUGGCUUCCCUCACAACAGCCGAGAAACACAGCGUAAAAACCACACCCGCCUCAGAUAAGAACUGAAACCGACGUGACAGAGAAGGAAGUUGUUGCCAUAUGAAUACUGAAUACAGCGGCUGUAGCAUUUUUGUCGAGUCAUCCAGUAUUCCUCACAACGCUGUACCUCUGAAAUCUCUUGUUCUAAAAUCAUGUUUUUUUUUGCUAGAAGUUACCUAAAAAUGCUAAGUGGAAUGUAGAUUCAGUCGAGCUCAAGUGUUUCUUUAAAUCACGAUGUAGACCAUUAGGUAGACUGAGCAAUUAAUUAUAGAAUACACUACAUUAAGAUCAAUUGGUUAGAAUUGAUUAUUUUCAGAAGGGUAGGGUACAUUGUAUAAUUUUAACAUUUGUAUUGAACCAAUUUAUGAAAUGUGGUAACAUUCUCUGGCUAUUAAUCAUACUUUUUUACACUUAUUAACAUUGAAUUUUAUAGACUACUGCACAUUGACAUUCAGUAUGAAUUGCAAUACACCGAGUCAGGAGAAUAUGUCCUGUAUUUCAUAUUUAGAUAGCAUAUUUAUUACUUUAACUCUUGCAACUGUACACCGGUGAGAACAGAGUUACUGGUAGCUCAGUUUUAUUAGCCAGGUCUCCUGGGAUGUAAAAAUAACUAAAACUUCAGACCUUCUUUUGUCCAGAUUCAAACUGCAGAUCCAAACUAUCCAUUUAUCAACUAAUUAGCAUCAACAUUAUACUUCAGUGCUUGGUACCCAAAAAGUCAUGGCAGAGAAUAAAAAAGCAUCUUCAAGCAG